UUUCAAGUUUACCGUUGUGAAUCGGGCAAAGAUUAUCUGUGCGGACACAGGCCUGAGAGAGUGGUUGCACGUCGAGAUAAACGGAUGAUCGGAGGCCAGAAGGUCAAAGUGAGCUUGUGGCCGUGGCAGGUGUCUGUACAGUACCAGCCCAAUUCAUCUGCCCCGUUCAUUCAGGUCUGCGGUGGAGCUAUCCUCCACCGAUACUGGAUAAUGACAGCAGCUUCAUGUGUAAAUGAGCAGCAACAAAGCCAGUUUUUGAUCCGAGCAGGAAGCAAUAGAUUGGAUGUUAAUGAUAAAUCCACACAGCAAUCAGAAGUCGCCAAAAUUAUUAAACACAAACGAUUCAAUCCUGUCACUUUGCGGUACAAUAUAGCUCUUUUAGAAAUGACGACCCCUUUUGAGUUUAAUGAGUUUGUCCACCCCAUCUGUGUGCCUGAUGAAAACACUGCCGAUCAUAGAUAUGAAUCGUGUCACAUCACAGGAUACAACGCUCAACCUGGUGAUGAUAUUGGCGUACUGCAAGAGGCCAAAGUGGAUUUAAUGUCACGGUCCUUGUGCAAUAAGCCCGAGUAUUGGAACUAUACUGUGGCAGCAGACAUGCUUUGUGUUAGUGAAUUCGGUGGUGGCGUUGACGGAUGUGAGACAAAUCUUGGUGGACCGCUGAACUGCUAUAUCAAAAUUGAGGAGCGCUACUUUUUGAUUGGAAUUCGGGUGAAGGCCACUUCUUGUGGAAAACCUAACCGACCAAAUGUUUAUUUGAAAGUCUACAGCCACUAUUAUUGGAUCGAGCGUGAAAUGAAUAUCACCUCAGAUUAAAUAUGAUUUUGCAAAUACAUAAUGAUAUUUUGUAUAUACAGUCAGUAGGCCUAAUUCAAAUAUACAGCAGAGUGUGCUUGUGUUAUGAUUGUAUUGACGUAAGAGCUGAAGUGAUGAAUAAGAAUCAGAGGGUAUGGUGACCUCUGGUGGACAAAUCUGAAUUUAGCCUGAAGCUUUCAGGAGCUUGUAUCCUGAUGAUUUUAUUUGAUGAUUCCUGGAUUCAUGAAAUGUCAUGUAAAUAAAAGUGGAUUAUUCCUGAAAAAGUGUGUGUGGAUUAUUUGAGGCCAUAAAUAUAAUUUCUUAAUA